AAAACAUUGUUUCCAGCCUUUGCAGUUGUGUUAAUGAAGAAGCGAGAUUGGCAGAGGGCUGGCCCACAGCCUGUGUGGCUGCGGACACUUAAGACUGGGCGUGCACUGCUUCAUUCAAAACGCACGACGUGGUGGAGCAGAGACAGAGCCGGUGACGAGGGUUGAGAAUCAUUUUCAGCGAACGACACUAAAAACAGAUGCAUUGAAAUAAUUCGCAGUCAAAUAAAGAAUGUAAAUGAAACCGAUUCCUUUAGAUAGAUCUCAUCAGGACGAUUUCUUAACUUAAGCAUAUUCGGUAAUGAUGAGAUCAACAGAAUUUUACACUGUCCUGCUUACCUUGGUCAUCCUGAUUCGCAUGCCAGAGUUACAAUGUUCCACUAUUCGCCAACACCAUAGAAGGAACAUACCAAUGUUGGUUUCUACUGAAAAGCUGGAAGAUAUUAAAAGCCACCAUGAGGGCAGUGACACGGUGACAACUGCUACAGUGAUAAGUGGAGAAAUAGUGAGUCCCACUGCUCCUAGUAGUAGUUCCAGCUCUUUAGAAACGCUUACUGCAAGAUUAAAUACCAGCAUUGUUGAAGAAACACUACAAACCAGUAAGAACAAAAAUGAAAAUGUAAUCACCUUAUCCAGCCUGGAUACACUACUCACAACUACAACAAUUGUGCCAUUACAGAAACAAUUGAAUGUAACUGCGAAGACGGAAAAUGUUAACAAAACCCCACAGACUGAAAAAAACUUAACUCCAAACUCCACUUCCAAACAUGCUGCUGAUAUCAGUGAUGUUGACACAACAACAGGGGUCACACUGAAUGAAACAGCCACUCUUGACAAAGGGAAAAUUGGAGGAAUGGAGAACAACGAACAAAUGACUGAGCAGGUGACAAUUUCAACUCUUUUGAGCUUGAUCACCAAAACUGGAGAUAGUGGAGAGGCAACAGGGACAACCUACUCCAGCAGUGAAACCUUCACGGCAAAUAGUCAUGACACUACAGCUUUGCCUCUUUCUGGUAAGACAAUUGAAACUAUAAGUACUUCAAAAAAAGACAUCCCAGCGUUGACUUCGGAAAUGUUAAAUUUCACAGAAUUUACAAUUGCAAAUGUAGAAAAUUUGAGAAAUGAAGAAGUAACACCAGCAACCAUUGAGCCGGCAGGUGGUUCUUUCAGUUGGAAAUACAACAGUCCAAGUGCUGGCAGAGCAAUGAGUGAAAUCAUGGCAACUACGGGGAGUGCAAUAACAGACAGCAAGGCUCCAAACACCUUUCAGGUGACUACCACAUCUGGAGUUACAACAGCAAUCGAGGAGGAUGCCAUCACAGAGAUGGUCCCGUCAAUUUCUACAGAAACUGCACAGACAAUGCUCGUAACCAGUACAGUAGCUAUAAUUGGAACUACCAACCAAAUACAUAAAGGAUGGAGUGAAAGAUUGGCAAUGACAAAUGAGACACCAGCUGUCAAAUCUGCUUUGUCUACAACUCCUCCGUCUGAGAAACAAGUUUUGGAAGCAAACACAAACUCGACAAAAGAAAUGCCACCUAUUAUUCCGACAGAAGUGGUGCAGCAUGCUAUUGCAUCUGGUACAAAGAUAACCAAGACAGCUACAGCUGGAACUACUACACUGCAAACCAUAUCAAGGAAAACUAAGAAAACCUCUGCAGCAGCUUCUGUUCCCACCGACAUAACAUUGCUGCAUAUCUUAACAACACCUGGACCAUCUGUGGAAGCUACUGUGCCACCAUCAAGCUCAGGAGAGAAACUUGAGUCAGAAGCCGAGGCUAGUGCAACUGCACUACCGAGACAGAAAUCAGCAGAUCUAAUCACAAAAAAUGUAUCUGCCGCCACAGCUCGAUUAAGCACUGAAUCCAGUCAUGCAACUUUGCAAACAUCUGCCACAAAAACAAUGGGGGUAACGAAAGCUGCACCUUCAAUUUCGGUACCUGUAUUGAGAGACAACAUGUUGUCAACAUUGGGAGUAACCACGUCACCAUCCAUAAGGCAGUCAGAGCCGCCGACAUACAUGUUGGACACCACAGAGUCAGAAGAGGAAGAUGAUGAUGAAGAGGAGGAGGAAGAUGAUGAGGAUGAAGAUGAGGACAUUGACUUGGAUGAGGACAGCAUGGAUUAUGACACAGAGGUACCUUCGCUGUCCUACAUAACGCCUGGUGGGCCAAUAAGGGGCAACAGAAACUUGACAAAGUUGAUGGAGAUGUCAUAUCAGCUUCCAGAUUCCUUUGAGUGGAACCAGCAUGAUCAAGGUACUAAAAAUCUUGUUAGAAGCUGGCUCGAGAAAAUCAAAAAUAAAGCAGGAUAUAUGUCUGGGAUGUUAAUGCCUGUUGCAGUUGGUGUGGCUGGAGCCCUCUUUAUCCUAGGGGCUCUCUAUAGUCUUAAGGUGAUGAAUCGAAAGAGGAAAAACGUAUUUAAAAGACGUGAAACCAAGCCAAGAGAUUUCACCAGCAUGCAAGACCGUGUGAUGCUGUUGGCUGACAGUUCCGAAGAUGAGUUUUAAUUAUGUAGUGAAUCUUUGAUGUAAAGCAACUACACGAAGCUGCAUCGGAAUUUAAGGUGCAGAAUGACACUGCUACAUGCUACUAGCUUUCUGUUCCAAGUGUUUAUUCUUUAAAUGUCGAAAAAUGAUUAAGAUUGGCAAAAUUAUCUGUGAUAUACUGUAAAGCCUUGUUUAUUCAAUAUUUGUUUCACACGAGAGCCUCGUUUUGAGUUCAGUAUAAAUUUAUUCUGCAUAAUUGAAAGAACAAAUGUAAAGUGCUGAUGUUGCAAUAUCUAAUAAUUACUUGGUUGCUGUAAUUUUUAAACUGCGGUUUUUAUAUUUUGUUACCAAAAUUCAUGUUUUUGGAGCCCGUGUAACUGAUGCCAGGACUCUAAGGCCUGAGCUGUAGGGAGGGGUUGGGCAGGUUAAGACUUUAUUCCUAGGUCGCGAGGUGAUCAUUUCGAAGGAUAUAACAUCAUGGGAGGAAUAGUUCGGGUGAAUGCACAGUCUUUUACCCAGGGUAGGAUAAUCAAGAACUA